GGCGGAGGAGUGGGGAUGGUUCGGUUCCGCGUGCCUGCGAGACGAGCCGAGGCAUCAGUUCGUAGCGACGCGUCCCUGGCGCAAGUCGCUGUCAUGUUUUUCGUACUGUUCGGUGGUUUUCGGCCGAGUGCCGUGGUGCAUUAUGGAUUCGCGGUUUUCGGUCUGCUCUCUGUUCUUCUGGUGUCGUGUCCAGUUAACUGCCAGGAGACACUGACCAAUCGGAUGCGGGUGAUCAGCGAGGAUCUGGACCGGCAGCUGAACGGGAUCAUGGCAUCGCAGGGUAUCAACUAUACGAGAACGAACACGACCGGGCUGCUCUACAACGCCACCACGUAUUUCAACCCCAAGGGCAUGGGCCAGCUGUACAACGUGACCAACAUGUUCAUCGACUUCGUGCAAAGCAAGCAAGCCUAUCCCGAGGGAAUGUUCACUGUUGUGGAUGGUGUACCAACGUUCCAGUAUUCUUUGGCCCAAUGGAAAAUAGUCGCGACACAUUACGGUGGAUUGGCUGGCCUAACGUUCGUUGGACUUCUCCUGGCUGCGAUUUUACCCUGCGUAGGCUUGUUCUUCUGUUGCUGCAGGUGUGCUGGUCAUUGUGGCGCCAGAAGUCAACCCUUUGACAAGAAACACGAUCAUUGUAGGAAAGUGAUGCUGAGCAUGGUGCUCAUUGCGGUCGCUACUAUUAUUCUGUUUGGCGUGGUUUGCGCCUUUGUAACAAACGAGUACAUGCAGGAUGGGACCAAGGAGUUUCCUAACAAUGUGAAAAUCAGCCUGAAAGACGUGAAGCUGUAUCUGAGCAGCACAAAGGAGGCGAUCGAUAAUCUUCUCAAGACUAAUUUCGACGAGCUGGAAAUUAAUCUGAACAACAUCCUUCAGGCCAGCGGUAGAAUCGUCACUGAACAACUCGCUGAAUACUCCCACGCGGUCUCGUUGACUAAUCUAAGCGACAUUGUCGCUGGCCUGGAGUCCAUUAAAGAGGACCUGAAGAUCAUGCAGACCAUCACCCGCGAUCUAAGGACCAACGCUAGUCAACUGGACAUCGUUGUACGAGGUGUUAAAAACAAUCUCCUUCACACGCUCGCGGCUUGCAAGACGCAAAAUUGCAAACAGGUGCUGCAUGAUUACAAAGUGAAUCAAAUGUCGGUUCAAGUGGAAUUCGACAAGUACAUGGACCGAUACUUCCCGAAGCUUCAGUCUUUGCCAAACGUCACAUCCGCUUUGAACAACAUCACGAUGCUGAUGAAAGGCAACAUCGUGUCGGAAGUGAGCCAGGGCAAAGAGUCGUUCUUGAAGAUUCAGAAAGACAUUCAACACGCUGUGAACCAGACCAUUCCUGUCGUGAGCGCGAGUAUUAGAAGAGUCAGCGUACAUAUGGAUGCUUUGGCGAAGAAUAUGACAGUGCUCCUUGAUAGGAUAGGUGUUGAGAUAAACGAGGACAUGAAGGGUGUAGAUCAUGCAUGGAAGCACGUGGAUCAGUAUAUACCGUACAGAUACUAUCUUGGUCUUGGAAUAUCAGGAAUUCUACUAACAGUUUUAAUGUGUCUGACUUUCGGUCUCUUCUGUGGCAUUUGCGGAAAGCGACCUGAUGGAUAUGGGGACGAUUGCUGUAACAAAGGAUCUGGGGCACGAUUUCUUAUGAUGGCUGUUUGGAUAAUUUUCCUCUUAACGAGCGUUCUAAUGGUGAUAACCGUAGCACACAUGGUCAUUGGUGUUCUUGUUCAAAGAGCUGUAUGUGAACCUUUGAAGAAUCCGCAGGAUAAUAGGAUGUUCGCCCUAGUUGAUGAAAUUGUGCAAAUCAAAAAGAAGCUGUAUCCACAGAAUCCUAAUGCUGACGUGAAUAUGAGCUACAUAAUCACACACUGCCAUCGAAACGAAACAUUGUACAAUGUACUGAAGGUAGGCAACAUCUUCGACAUAGGCUCGUUACGCGAAUACGCCGGCCGUUACGACAUCAACAACACAAUCCAACAAUUACGACGCAAAAUCAGUCUCUCACCUGGUGUGGUGAUCCUCACGGAUAGUGCAAAGUCGAAAUUAAACGACCUUGCGCAAAGUGGUCUCAGUGACAUCAAGUUCUAUCAGUAUGUGGAGAUCCUCGCAGAUAAUAUCACGAACAUCAACCUGGAACAUCUAGCGAAACAACUGUUGGAUGUGUCAGCUGAAUUGCCCAAGGGGCAAGAGGACAUUCGUGUCAGUUUGGAGAAAAACGCAAUGGAUCUGGCAUAUUAUCAUGACCAGUUGGUGAAACCCAUGGGAAUGCUUAGCGAACAGUUGGUUACAAAGGCUGUGACACUCGAGGAGAAGAUAAAGUUUAACCACAGUUCGAUGGCAGAAGCUAUUCAUAAUCUGGUUAACGAAGUGACGAAGGCGCAGCAGUUUUUAAAUAAAGACGGGCCAGAAUACGUGCAACAACUGGCAACCAAAUUUGGAAACGCUUUCCUUCGUCAAGUUGACGACUUCCUCGAGCUAGUUAUCCGUCACGCGCUGAUGGACGUAGGAAGAUGUGCUCCAGUCUCCAACGCGUAUAAUGCAACGCUAGUCGCAGGAUGCAACCGGGUUCUAGAUCCAUUCAAUGGUUUCUGGGUGAGUGUGGGCUGGUGUCUAAUUCUCUUCAUCCCAACCAUAGUACUUUGCGUGAAACUGAGCGCGCUGUACCAAAAAUCGGAUCCCUAUCCAGGACCUCUAGUCGAAGCUGAAUAUUUGUAUGACGCGUACGCAGACAGGGAUAACAUACCCCUUACUCAUGUUCACGACAAGAAAUACGUGUCGCACAGCAGAGACCCUUACGCAAAGUACGAAAGCUACGAUGGUCCAGCAGGUGGAUACAGCGAACGAGAGAGAGUCCCGGAAGCGCAUCAGAGCACGUCCCACUAUCAUCAUUAUUCCAGAUACUCUGACGUAGCGCCGAAUUCCACCCCCACGUGGCGAAGCCACGAACAUACCGCCCCCUCCAAAACAGAACCUCACAAUAAAGUCUUUAGCAUAUCCGUAGAAACGCAAAAUUGUGACUUCCCUAAUGGUGGUCCUCCUGGAUACCAACCAGCUGCUGCUGCCGCUCCUCCUCCGCUUAGCACGGAAUACGAGCGACCGCCUCCCUAUUAUUAUUAUCCUGGGCCAGGGGACACAAAUUAGGAAACAAGUGCCGUGGCAUGCACAAAAGUAGCGCUGAGUAGCGUGGCUACCCACAGUCUCACCCGCAGUUACAAAAGGACACUCAAAAAGAAAGAGAAAUCCGGAUGCAAGCGAGACUAUGUCUAAUUUGUAGCGUUCCUGUUUGAGCGUGCCACGGACCGUGCGAACGGCGAAAUCAAUUAAAGACCAAGUUUGAUACACAGACUGAGGUAGGCUAAAUGGAUCCUUCGGCGAGCCGCAAGUAGUGUGAUCAAUGUGUGCGAUUCGUUUCGUUUAGUAUUAUUUUUUAGACAUCGUGCGUAUCACGAGAAAAACGUUACAUUAUAUCCAAUACUACUCUUUUUUUCUUUUUGCCGUCUACAGUUACUCUCUUUUUUGUUUUGAUAGCGCUUGGACGUUUUUUUCCUACCUUGUUUCUCGUUUUCUUUUUUUAUUUCAUUACUCGCUUUAUCUUUGUAUUAUUAUUAUUUUUUCUUUUUUUUAUUAUGAGACGAACUGUAAUGAAGCGAUGAUUUUCAUCGUAUGUGCUGUGUUAAUCGUUGGACAAUCGAUUUCUAACACGACUGAUUAUAUAUCGUUUACCACCGUUCUUUUUGUUUUUUUCUGCGAUAUUUCUUCCAUCAAAUGCCAUCGUGACCAAGGUCUUUUCUACUAUUAUCAUCGAUCCGCCUUCGAGAUUCGCGCGUGUUGUGUCACACGCCGAAAUUAAUCCUUAACUCUCGAAAGCGCAUCGAUUAUUAUACGUUUUAUCGUUGCUUGAGAGGAAUCCUGAAACUCUGCAAGGAAAUUUUUCUGUGAAACCCUUAGUUCACCUCGGAUGUUCAGUUCCUAAUUAUAAAUACACAGGAUUGAAAUCAUCGUCUGCAUUAACCAGUAUUAAUAUUAAAAAAAAAAA